AUGUGGUCUCCACUCUUCAUCGUGGUAUCGUUGUUGGCGUCCAUCGAAGCCCACGGUCGUGUUGAAUCGCCUCCCUCGCGCGCAUCGGCCUGGCGUGCCGGUUUCCCCACAGAACCAGACUAUGACGACGACGGCGUCAACUGCGGCGGAAUGUGGCAUCAGUGGAGCUAUAAUCGCGGAAGAUGCGGAAUCUGCGGUGAUCGGUACGACGCGCCGACACCGCGACCCCACGAGCUCGGAGGAAGAUACGGAGACGGCAUCAUAGUGGCCCAUUACAAUCCCGGGGCGAUUUUCACAGCGACCGUCCACCUGACCACUUCACAUUUGGGCUUCUGGGAGUUCAAAGUAUGCCCUGAUCCAAAGGACAACGCGCAAGAUUGCUUCGAUCAAUACCCUCUUGAGUUAGAAAAUGGGGGGACUAAAUACUACCCAAAGAAAGGUAGUGUGAGAUACAAUAUAAACUACAGACUACCCCCUGGCUUGGUGUGCGAACAUUGUGUCUUGCAGUGGAGGUAUACUGCUGGAAAUAAUUGGGGGGUGUGCAGCAAUGGCACGCAAGGUUUGGGCUGCGGAAACCAGGAGCAGUUCGGGGCCUGUUCUGAUAUAUCUAUAGGCAAAUCGAGGAUCGGAAGUAGACCUGUUGAGGCCUCUCCGUUGCUCUACUAUUUGAGCAGGGGAUAUAUAGGUGUACAUCAAGAUCAAUUUCACUUGAAUAACGACUCGGGGUCAUCGAAAAUCAAUAAAAAUUUAAAUAAAAUAAAAGGGAAGAAACGAAAACACAAGAACAAGAAGAAAUCCAAACCUCAUAAACAGAAGAAGAUGCUGAUUUGGCGCUGAAUUCGGACAUACUUUUAUUUAUUAUAGCUGACCCGGCAGACUUCGUAGUGCCUCAAUCGAUAAAUAAAA